AUGGAAGCCGUCCACGAUGCUCUCCUGCAAGUGGAAGGGCAGGUCGACUGGGAGACAAGGGGCUCCGGGGGCGGUGGGUACGGCUUUUCGCCGUACAACCAGCCCAUCGGAGGCCCUUCGGGUCGGCUAGUGUUGGUGAAUGGAGGAGGUCAAGGAGAUGCAGAUCCGCUCAUUCAGUUGCGAUUUCGUGACAAGACGGGGACGCUCAACGGCCAAGACCUCGUCGAGCUCAUGCAGUUCAUCCUCAAGACGCGCCUCAAGGUUACCAACAGCAUCAUCCAAGAUGAGUGGCAGAUUGACGGCGCGCACCUGAUACGCGCCGUGCAAGGCGCGAGCCAGCCAAGCAACGCGCUGGCGAGAUUUGAAGACGAGGUCCGCUACCUGCCGAUGGCACCGACAAAGAUGAACAAGGAGCUCAUCCGUACACAUCUCCAACUCAUGAGCCGCUUCAAGGCGUCUCUCGACGGCAGCCCCCGGCCCAACAACCGUUUCAUGAAGCACUGGAUCCCGUACUCAAUCCAAGACCCGUUAGUGCUGCACGUCAUUCUCUGCUCGACGGCCAGCUUCCUCAACGAGACGGGUCGGGUCCCCAAGGUCAUGCUACUCAUACACCGCACCAACGCCAUGCGAAUGAUCAACGAGCACAUAAGCGAUCCGCGAAGGUGUACGGACGAUUCUGCCAUGCUCGCCGUCGCGCAGUCGAUUCUCACGUCGUGGUACUGGGGCAGCACCGCCGAGCUCCGCACGCACAUGGUCGGUUUCAAGCGCAUGAUUGAGAUGAGGGGCGGCAUGCAGAGCCUGGGCAUGGAAGGCUACACGAGCAAAAUCUCGCUCAUAGACGACUUUGUCAUUGCGCUAGUUCACGAGACGCGGCCAAUGCUCUUCGGCCAGCCUGGAUUCGAGUUCGAAGACCCGGUCCGCGUGCCGCUGCAGGUCAACUUCAACUCGCCGCUCCUAUUCGACUGCCCGCCUUUCCUCAGCCCGGCGUCGCCGCUCCGGCUGCACCCGCACACGGCCCAGAUACUCGACGAGAUGCGAACCGUGCACCGGGUCGUCGCCGACUUGUCCGACGACGCCACCGACGAGGAGGAGGCCGCCGUCUACCUGGCAGCGGAUGCCGCUCUGACGGCAAUACUCUACGUGCCGGAAGACGUGGCCCUGGUGGAAGGGGACUCUGAGACGUCGACCGGGCCCUCCAACUUGAGCGGCGGCUUGAAACGAAAGCGGCAGGGAGACGACACGGCAGAGCCGCGAAAGGCUGCCACGACGGCAUUGGAAGUGAGGGCUGCCACGGCUGAGGAGAUGCCGGAUCUCGUGCACCGCUGUGUGCGCAAGGCGGCGCUGAUAUACUGUCAGGCGGUGCGCGACCGAGUGUCGACGAGCAGGGCGUGCAGCGAAGACGACUUCAAUCAGGUAUGGCAUUGGGCAUGGGGCGCGGGGCUGGACCGAUGGGCGGCGCUCAGCGGCAUAUUCGUGUGGGUAAUGAUCGCGGUGGUUCCCAGCUCGCUCUCGCUGGUGCAUUCGCGCAUGGUCAAGUCGCUGCUGGUGACAGGGUUCAUGUACUUGGGGACGGAGAAUUGGCACGUGGCGGCGGACAUUGCGGCGGCGGGACUCAAGAUGCAGAGGUGGCUCAGGGGACGGAGAAACGGCUCAGACGGGGGCGUGGUGAGCGAGGCGUGGGGGGGUGAAAAGGUGGUUGAGAAGCACGGGUUCGCCUUCAAGGACGAGAUGCCGGACGUGGUGCCGGCGACGAUGGAGGAGGAGCACGAAUCGGACGCGUAA